AACAUUGAGAGCAGCUGACAGCAGCCUCCCAGUGUAGCACUACUGUUUGUUUACCAAACACCGGUUAUUUCCCUGCUUUAUGACAGCGUCGUACCUCGUGUUACUUCCAAGUUAAUAUCCUGGGUAAUGGUAAGAGAUGCACAAACUCUGGCCAUCCAUGUGAUGUAAAUGAAAAUGUGAUUCAUCAGACCAGGCCACCUUCUUCCACUGCUUCAUGCUCUAGUCCUGAUGCUCACCUGCCCAUUGUUGGUGAUUUCAGUGGUGGACAGGGUCAUCAUGCGAAUCAUGGCUGGUAAGCAGCACCAUAACACCACUGUGUAUACUGAUACCUUUCUAUCACAUCCCAUUUAUUUCUUCACACGGGUCAACCUGCGUUCCCCAUGUGCAUCAUUGAUCCUUGGCCACCUAUUACUCUGCUGCUGGUUUGUCCUUACUUGGACCACUUUUUGUUGAUUGUGACCUCUGCAGACUAGGAACACCCCACAUGACUUGUAGCCAUCACGAUUUGGCCUUGGUCACACCUGCUGGUAUCCAAAAGCUUGCCUAUUUUUCCAGCUUUUAACCCAUCAAAUUUGAUUACUAAAUAUUCACUACCUUACUAACCAAUCCUGUACACUAACAGCUGCCAUGAUGAAGAGAUGAUCAUUCACGUCACCUGUCAGUGGUCAUAAUGCAGUCCAUCAUCUUAUCCUCCUGCCCUAACUAUGUUGAAUCAACAUAGGUCUUGACUUUGGGUAUGAAGAAGAAGAGUCUUUGGUUUAAUUUGGCAGCAGGGAAAGCUGUAAAUCUGUCUGUUAAUCUGUAAUCUGCCUGUGGAUGAAGACCAAACCACUCAGUCUUACUUUGUCAAAUGAAAUUAAUGUUUUGACCUUCUCAGUUCCCCUCACUGUCCUCUGUAGGGUCUUCUGCUGGUCCCAAUUCCUAAUCCCACUGGUGUUCUUUGAACAUUUGAGGUUAUCACAAAUCAAAAUGCAACAGGAUUCAACACAAUACCCACAAAACAUCUGCAGCACUAUCUAACAUUUAUUAGCGAAAAGGCAACAGAAAGGUAAAGACAUAGAACAUUGUGAUGUGUGUGAUUAUUUCUGUAGCCUAAAUACAGUGUCAAUGUUAGCAAUGACAGUGUGAUCCCGACUGGGUCCUUUUCUUAGUAGCUACCUGUGGCCUUUUUAAUCCACUUAAGCUCAUGACGCUUCUCUAAAUCCAUCCAAUCUGUUGGGUCCAUCACUUAACAGCCCUACUCAAUAAAUCUGGGUCAAUAGAAGUUGCCAUUGCUGUGUGUGAUGAACAAAACGAGCAGAAUCUUAUGACUUUAAACAACUAUUUUACCAAGAUCCAUUCGAGAUUCUAUCAACAUUCCCAUGUGGGAGCUUGAAACCACAAGGAGGUCACAGGAUUUCAUGCAGAAAAUGGAACAUCAAGACCACAUGAAAAGCAGCUGGAGACAAUUUUUGUGCAGUCAAAGACAGGUAGAGUUUGGUGCGAGUGUGAACCAUCAUGCAAUCGGUUAUGAAGUCAAAAACAGCAGUGAACAGCUGGAGGAACAGUGCUGCAACGUCUGGACUGAUUCUGAGCCAGAGCCAGCAAGAGUCAAGAACUGCACCAGCAGAUCAUUUGCCAUGGGUGCUAGAAUAAGACUAGAUAGUUUGAAGUCUGGGUGUAAUUCACCGCAACCAUGGAGCAGCUCAGACAACACUUUGUACUACUAUGACAGUGAAAAAGACAUCUGGGAUGAUGAAGACUUGGAGAAAGAGCAGUCUGCUCUGGACGUGGUGGAGAUCCUUGAUAUGGAGGAAAGCAUGGAAGAUGAAGAGAGCUGGUUGUAUGAGCCUCCAAAUAAGCAGUCGUUUGUGGAGAGGGAGUCUGCUCUCAGAUGGUGCCGACACGUUCUGGAUAACCCCAGUCCUGAGAUGGAGGCUGCAUGUCGUGUACUGAUGAAUAAGCUGGAUCAAAGAUCAAGAUAUUACUUCUACAGACAUGCAACAGUUUCCACUCAUUCUCCCAGUGUCUCCUUGGGCUUCGGUCGGGACAAAAUGUCGGUCAACACAUCACUCAGUGACUCUGACAGUUUAGAUCACGUUCAGGUGACCAGCUCUGAUGACUUCACAACGACAAACUAUCGGCUACAGGAUAUAACAGACGUCCACAUUAUGGCCAGAAUACAGGAAGACAGUUUAAGACAGGAAUAUAUUUCCAUGCCUGCUGCAGCUUCCUUGAGGAGAAACCCAGACAAGUUUUCCUCAUAUUUAUACACCGAGGAUGACCAAGCUGAUGACUUCAGUCCCAGAAAUAAAAACAGUGCUCCAGCUUCUCCUUGGAAGCCUAGUCUAUCAGCAGUGGGCUCUCCCAGCUGCAAGUUACCAAUGCCAGCGGCUAAGCAAGGCUGCCAAGGUCCAAAAUUGACCAAACUUCACCAACAAGUAACCCAAUUCAAGCUGCUGAGGAUUGCUCAGAAUAAAGCAUCCAUGGGCAGGACAAGGUCACCUCGGCAGACAAGCCUGCGGUCCCUCCAGGCUGUUAGGAACAGCCGAAGCUUAGAGAUUGUUGACUACCAACCUGCUGGCCAAACCAACCACCAUUCACUAGUUCUUCCAUCUUCCAGAACAGGGUCAAGCCGUGGAGCUGCAUCCCCUUGUGCUGCAUCUUUGAACUCCAGCAACGUGGCCUGCUUGAUGAGAGACUCCUCAGACCGGAUAACAGCGUUGAAAAGACCGCAGAGAUCCCAGUCUCUCAGUCCCAGCAGGAUUGCUAACCCUUCCAAGGGAUACCUGUCUGUUCAUGGACGAAUUUUCGCCUCACCAGAGAGGCCGACCACUGUGGCGUGGGGCAAACAUGCCUCACCCAUUCAAAGGUGAAAGAUUUAACCAGGAAAUCUCUGUUAGAUGAACUAAUGAGGUAGAAAACUAAGAGUGGCUUACAAAUGUAUUCAUAACCCUUAAACUUUAUCACAUUUGUGACAUUACAGCUAUAAGCCUCAGUGUAUUUUUAUUGGGAUUUUAUGUGACAGAUUAACACAAAGUAGUGCAUAACUGUUGAGUGGAAGGCAAAUGAUUUGUGGUUUUCAAAAUAAAAAUCUAAAAGCGUG